AUGGGAUCUGCUACCGCCUUUGACUACAGCUCGCUCAAGAAGUUGUUGGGCAACACAACUGCCGAAGUACUGACGCCAGACGACGGCCAAGCUUACGAGUCGAGUCUCGUAAGAUGGAGUGAGCACUGUAUCAAAAGAGCGGCAGCGGUAGUCAAAGUCAAGUCUGCUGACGACGUUUCUGCAACUCUUGCCCAGAUACGAGCUCACAACAUCCCUUUUACAGUUCGUGGCGGGGGUCACUCCACAUCAGGAGCUGCUUCAAUUGAGGAUGGAAUCGUCAUUGACCUGUCGAGCAUGCGCAAGGUUACCGUAGACCCGCAGACCAAGACAGUCACAGCUGAGGGCGGUACCAUCUGGGAAGAUGUCGACUUUGAAGCUGCGAAGUAUGAUCUUGCCGCAGUUGGUGGAACGGUCAACCACACUGGAGUGGGAGGUCUUACUUUGGGUGGCGGAUAUGGGUACCUCAGUGGCAGGUAUGGAUUGACUAUUGACAACCUCGUCUCUGCCAAUGUAGUUCUUGCAUCUGGCGAGCAAGUCGUCGCCUCUGCGACUUCGCACCCGGACCUCUUCUGGGCUAUUCGCGGUGCCGGACAAAACUUCGGCGUCACUACAGCCUUCACAUUCCAGGGCCACGACCAGAAGAACCCCGUCUUUGCAGGUCCAUUGGUCUUUCCCACAGAGAAGCUCCCGCAAAUUGUCGAGUUUGCAAACAAAUUCCACGCCACCAAUAAUGGCGAUCAAGCCAUGAUAAUAGGCUUCUCUGCUCCCCCUCCCGCAAAUGUUCCCGUUAUCAUGACGGUAUUAUUCUGCAACGGCACUGAGGAGGAGGGCAAAGCGUUCUACGGCGAUCUAUUCAAGCUCGGCCCAAUCGCCAAUCACACUUCCAUGAUUCCCUACAAGAAGUUGAACUCCUUACUGAACGACGGGGCAGGUUUUGACGGACGCAAACAGUUUGGUGGUGGCGUUUUCAAGGCUCCUCUGCAGUUCAACUUUGUGAAGCAGCUUCAUACUGAUUUCACUGAUUUCGCCAUGUCCCAUGAGGGAAUGAAUUCCAGCAUGUUGUUGCUCGAGAUGAUGCCGUAUAAGAAGGUCAUGGAGAUUUCAAACGAAGAGAUGUCAUUUUCGAAUCGUGGGGAGUACUACAAUGUCUCCUCCAUGGUCAAGUGGUUCGACCCAGCCUUCGACGCCGAAGUCCGCACUUUUUCGCGCGAGAUGCUCGCAAAGGCGACAGAAAAAUCUCUCAACGGUACACAGAAAGAGAAGAGCGGUGUGGGGCUGUACAGCAAUUACGCACCUGUCGAUGCUGACCCCAAGAACUUGUUCGGUGCAAAUGUCAAGCGACUUGAAGAGCUGAAGCACAAGUAUGAUCCUGAUAAUCUCUUCCGUCACGGCAACCGAUUGACGCCAAGGCCUCGGGUGGUGGUGAACUAA